AUGUACAAGUACCCGAAUAUAAAUAUUCUUUUAUUUCUCUUUUGUAUCUCCACCCCAACAAGUGCUCUUUCAUCAUUAUUUUCAAACACGUCAUCCACAAUGUCAAACCAUAAAGAAACCGUUGAUGCCAACUUGGCUAUUUUCAAUUCUGAAUUUGCUAUUAAAUAUGAUAACAAAGAAUCCCAACAAACAUUAGCACUUUUAUUUGCAAAAUUUUUAUUAGAAUAUGAUUUCAAAAAUCCAACUACAAGAAAAACCCUUGAAGAAACUGAAAAACCACUUGGUGAUCCUACUAAACCAUUAAAUGGAUUUACUAGAGAAAAUAUUUUACCUGAUCCAGAAACAUAUUUACAAAAAUAUCCAGAUACAAUUUUUAAACCAGGAAUGAAAUUAUUAGAUUUUGCAUGUGGUACUGGUAUGGUUACUGAAUUAUUUGCACCUUAUGUUAAAGGAGGUGAAUUAAUUGGUAUGGAUAUUAGUAGUGUUUGGUUAGAAAGAUUUAAUGAAAGAUCUAAACAAUUUAGUGAUCCAAUUAUGAAAAGUUUUGUUUAUGAUGUAUUGGAUGAAUCAAAACAAGAAGAAUUGAAACAAUUUGAAGGUGAAUUUGAUGGUAUUAUAUGUACUAUUGCAUAUCAUCAUAUUUUUAAUUAUGAACAAGUUACUAAAAAAUUGGCAACUUUUUUAAAACCUAAAGGUUGGUUAUUUAUCGUUGAUUUUUAUAAUGAAGAUGUUGAAAAACCAGGUGUAAAUGUUUCAAAAGCAGUUCAACAUAUGGGUGGAUUAAAAGUUGAUAAAUUGAAUCAUACUUUGAGUGAUAUUGCUGGAUUGAGUAAUGUAAGUAGUGCAAGAGAAUUCAAAACUUGGAUUUGGCAACCAGAACUGUUUAUCAGUACACAUUUAAAUCAAGCAACUAUAGAUAAAUUAAAUAACGGUGAGUUGCAAAAGAGAACAGUUGCUGAUGGCGAUGUUGAAUAUUUAGUUGAAUCAAGUUUGAUCUAUGCCGUUGGUCAAAGGGUAUAA